AUGAAAGAAAAAAGGUCACUGUCGAGAAAAAUCACGUUUCAACAAGACAAGUCUCCCGAAUCAUCGAACAGAACGGAAAUGGUUGAUCAGGAUCGCGGAAUACUGGAAGUUUUUAAAAGAUGUGAUCCGGUAACAUUACGCAAAUGCUCACAAGUCUGUCGAAACUGGAGACACAUCAUUCUGACAAGGGCCGCUCAACAAGAAGACCAAAAUAUAAUUCAAAAAAUUGAUGAAGAAGAGGAGCCGGCUCUACGAAUUGCAAGCUUUGGCCGGUUAUACGUUGCUGAUCGUAAAAGAAUUAUUCUCGAGAGAUUGUUAACAAAGGAUGAGUUAUUGCAACAAGAAAAUGAUUUAUUAAUGGACGAAAAGCAUUCAGCCAUCACUCCACCUAUAAAAGUUCGAGAGAGCAAGACGACCGCUAGAGAUUCAUUAAGAAAUUUGACAAUAACACCUACAAAACUUAAUGAUUCCGUGUAUGCUGAUCAACAAGUAGCUGCCGAAGAUGGCACGAGUUGGGCAUUUUCGUGGAACGUCAAUCAAUGGCUUAAAGAUUAUGAGAUUAAAGAGGUUGUUUGCCACAAUUUCUGCGCUUUUCUUGAACGCGAGGUAACAGAGAUGGCCGAGCCGACACCAUAUGUUGCUGGCACAAAUCGGCAGGGGACCAUUCCACACGCACAAUCUAUAGCUGGCUUGAACACACCGCCGUGGUCACCAGCGAAUUCGCCUUUUCAAACGAGUGGGAUGAGCGGAGGCCAGAUUGCGACGACCACAAAUGGAACACAGUACUUACGCGAUAUAAGCACGACAUGGGCUCGGCAUGAUCUACAAAUUUGGAGUGGCGAAACGAUGGAGGAAGUGUCGGCUCUUUCCUCGGGCAGGAUUGAGCGUCUCGCACGAGUGCUCUCGGAGAUAAAUCCAUUACAUCUUGUCAUCAAAGACACUACACGUCGCAAACGUCGCCCGCUUCGAAUGGUCUUCUUUGCUAUUAAAUUGUUACGAAAAAAUUUACGCGAAUUAACGCUGGAAAAUUUGACUGGAAGUGAAACAGUGGAACUGGGGCAAUGGCUGAGCUUAAAUGAUCUGGAAAGAUUGAUCAUCAAACAACCGAGUGAGCAUGCCGCACUACGUGUGGAUGAGAAACUGCUUUGCAAAUGGCUACGUAUUCCCGAAAACCGGCGAGCUCGAAUCUCGAUCGAACUACAUGGAUGUAAGGAAUUGAAAGCCGAAGGAUUGGUCAUGUUUAUCAAAGCCUGGCAACUUGCUCCAGCUGUUUGUGAGUUCAACUGGAUAAAGAUUGACUGUGAAACUCUUCAGCCAGUUGUAUUUCUUGCACUCAUGGAUACAAAGCCGAAUGAGCGUCUAUCAGCUAAAUUAUUUCGAGAAUUCACCCAAAAAGCUUCACUAAAAGAGCGCAAAGUGUUGUUUCAUCACGAAAGAGGCGGCUCGGCAAUACGCUUUUCGACUGAUGGAAAAAUGAUUACGCUUGAGUGCAUUGAUGUCCCGGCAACGAAAACAACAGAAACCCGAAAGUCGAGUCGGAAAUCAGUUUCAAGAAAUCGGACUCUCGAAAUCUGUCAACGAGGUGGUCGCAAUGUGAGCCGCAAGGAGUCGUUCACAAAUCUACUUGCAACCGGUGAUGUGGCUCGUCUGAUGAAGUCGUUCUUC